GGAAGGAGGGAGCCCUGCCGCUCCGGUGCAGAGAUGGACCUGCGGCUGGCCGAGCUGGUGGAGGAGCUGACCACGGCGGGGGAGCCGCAGCUGGAGCCGGGCCGGCUGAAGGAGCUGAAGAAAAUAUGCAGGUCGUCGGAGGAGCACCUGAGCCACGCGUACCACCUGCUGCUGACCAGGCUCCACGAGGAGCACGCCGAGAUGCGCUUCUCCGCCUUCCAGAUCGUGCAGGAGCUCUUCUCCCGCUCUCACCGCUUCCGCACGCUGCUCGUUUCCAACUUCCAGGAGUUCCUGGAGCUCACGGUGGGGACGGACCACGAGCAGCCGCUUCCCCCGCCCCGGGAGGUGGCCCAGAAGCUGAGGAAAGCUGCCAUUGCGGCGGUGCUGGGCUGGCACGAGAAGUAUGGCGAGGCCUACAAGAAGCUGUCUCUGGGAUAUCACUACUUAAAGCAGAACAAGAAGGUGGAUUUUCAGGACGUGCAUGCAAGAACAGUGGCUGAAAGGAAAAGGGAAGAAGAGAAGCAAAAACGAUUGGAUAACGUUUACAAAGAAAAAGCCAAAAGAGCUGAAAAAGAAAUGGCAGAACUGUCCCAAGAGGUUGCUGAGACACUGACAGAGAUGGAGAACUGUUUCCGGCUUCUGUUGCCAGAUCCUUUUGACUUCACUGUGAGCAACACAGGACUGGAACCCAAUGAACAAACGAGUGCUGACAAGGAUAGAUCUGCAUCCUCCUUGUCCUCAUGUGUGGGAUGUGUGGAUGAUGAACAGCCGUGCUGUAGCAAGGACAUUCUUCCUGUUUCUCAGUGUGUCAGAACGGAUCAAAACGAAGAGUUAGGUGACAAACAGAAGAAGCCUGAGCAAAAUAUAUUAGAUGGAGACACGUGCUCUGAGGUUGAAACUGGUGUUCAUGUUCUUGGUGAUGAUGAUUAUGAAACUUUUGUCAGGAAUCAUGGACUGAUUUCUCAUAAGUAUACUCUAGACCUUGAACUCUCUACAGAUAUCAAAGUGCAUGAGAACGAAGACAAUACUGCUGUAAUAAACAGUGUUGUGGAUGCUCACAAACUCGUCAGAAAUAAGUUCUUGCCUUCCGUGCAGUCCUGGAUUCAGUUAUUUACCCGAGCAGGAAUAAAUGACGAUCGGUUGAGAUGUGCCAUUGAUCUUAAGAAUAAACUGGAGGCUGCUCUGAGGAAAUACAAGGAAAUGAACAUUACUUUUAAAGAGAGAAAAAGAAAAGUGAUGAAAGCUUCAGAUGAUGAUGAUGAAGAUGAUGAUGAAGAUGACUUUGUGGAGGUCCCUGAGAAGGAAGGUUAUGAGCCCCACAUUCCAGACCACCUGCGUAAGGAAUAUGGCCUUGAGCCUCAGUCACCCCCAAAAGCACCAGCAAGGAAGGCUCCUGCAGGACCAGCUCCGUUCAGCUCCCGUGCCCGGCUGAAAGGGAAUGAAGAUGAACUUGAUCCGACUUGUGCUGCUGCAACAUUGAAGCUUAUCAGAGACAAACUACAAAAAUUAACACCUCCACAGGCCAGUGAGUCUGCAACUACUGAGCCAGCAGCUUUGGAAGAGCCUGACAGUAAGAGAAGAAAACUAGAAGAGGAAAGAGCUAAAGCUCCCCUGAUGCCUUUUGGGUUAGAUCUUCACUACUGGGGACAGGAUCAGCCAAGUGCUGGGAAGAUUCUCAAAUUUACUUCCGAGCAUCGAUUUUGGGCACCCAGUGAAGUAGAGGAAGAGGUAGAAAAUAAAGAAGUAACCGAAAUGUUAAACACCAGAUAUAUAACAUUUGCUGGCAAGUUUGAACCAGUGAAGCAUAAAUGUCGAGCACCAAUGCCUGAUGGAAGUCUGUGUGAAAGACAAGAUCGGAUUAAGUGUCCUUUCCAUGGAAAGAUAAUUCCUCGGGAUGAGUGUGGGGUUCCUACCAAUGCAGAGGACAGAGCCAGAGAAGAAAAGAUGCGCUUUGAGAAGCAAGCAAAUCAGCCAGAGUGGCGGGAUCCAGAAUUCAUGAGAGAAGUCGAAGCAGCCACGGGAGUGGAUCUUGGUUCCUCUAAAAAUAAUGGGAGAGGAGGAAAAAAGAAAGGGAAGAAGAAAUACCCAAAUCUGACAGACCUGAAGCAGCAGGCUAACACUGCUCGUUCCCGGCUUGAGAAGAUAGUCUUCAAUAAAGGUGCUGUCAAACGAGUGGUGAAAGCAAUGAAUCAGAUGGACCAAAGAAAGCAUGAGAAGUUUGCCAACCAGUUUAACUACGCACUGAAUUAAGUUGUAGCAAAAUGCAAAGGUGAACAAAAGUGCAACUGUACAAAGCUUUAGCGCAGGCCUCCAUGUUUGAAAUACUGUGCUGUGUGAAUUUUUACUGGGAUUACUUUUUAAAGUGUUUUUAAUUUCUAAUUUAUUUUACAAUUAACACGAAUUUUGGCGAAGAUGUGAUAGUACAUAAUGGACUUAAUACACUUAGUGAUAAGUAUUGGAAAUUUACCUGAAAUAGAACUUAUUUAUGACUUCUGCAUACUCUGAGUAAGAUGUUCAGGGCCUUUUUGCCUUCCUAAGGGACCAGUAUCAUUUACACAUUGUUUGCCAGCACAGUUGUGGUUUGCCUUGACUUUCAUACCUUCAGAAAGAUGCCUUAGAAACAGUUUGAUUUUCACUUGAGGUGGUAACAUGCAGGCUAUUUUCUCAGCCUUACAUUCUAGAAAGACUACUACAUCAAGCAGCCCCCUGGCUCCAGCACCUCUGAAGGCUACUUGCAUGUGAACUGGAAAAAGCCAAACACAUUCAUGAUCAGAAGACAACAAUUUGAUUUCAGCAGGUUUACAAGCCAUUUCAAACUCAGCAGCUGUGGCAUCAGUGUAUAAGCUGAAAUUAAGUUGGUCUUGAUCUCCUUCUUGACUUCCCACUAACUUUCUGAAAUGAGUUUGGAAAGCAUGUUAUGAUAAGUUGUGGAGAUAUAGUUAAAAUGUGCUGGAGUUUAAGAGGUGCCAAAAAAGCUGCAUUACAAAGAGGUUUUUUAAGAAAAUUACUCAGGUGGCUUACUGAGUAAGUGAACUGCCUGACUUCAAUCAGUUAAAAAAACAAAACAAGAAAACAGUUACAUUAGUUUCAAUCCUAGGAGUGCAUGUAGGGACCUAAAUACACACAAACACCUGAAUGCUUUUAACACAUUGGAUCCAGGUGCUUGGUGUCUGUGGGGCUUAUUAUUGACAGUGUUUAGUUCAAUCUCUCCUAACUGCUUUGCUGGCUAUCAUCAUCAUGUCAGAAGUAGAAUUAAAUGAAAUAAACAUUGACUGAUUGUGCUCCUGUGGGGUUUCAGACAGCUUUAUCAGUGAAGGAAGUUGGGAGUAUCAAGGAAGAUAGUGUUUGAACUGAAUUUCAGAACGAAAGUAGAAGUCUUCAGUAAAACACAGAACACAAGUUAGAAUGGAUUCUCUACAGCACCAGUGUAGUUACUCACCUGCUUGAGAUACUUCCUAGUACAGCAAGAGACUCCCUAGGAAUUUAAAAUGGAAUCCUGUGUAGGUUUUGACCACCUGAGACAAGAGCUGAUUUACAGCUCUGCCAUGUAUCUGUUGACUUGCACAAGUACUGCUAAGAAAGCAAGCAGUGAUUAUUUAAUCUUCCAGAUCUUUGCAGUUUGGAAGACUUUUUUCUCUCCAACACAUAUUUAGAAUACUUCUACACUAUGACAAAUAAUAAACAGCAGCUGUUAAAGCAAGAAUUUCUUAGUUAUUUACUGCACUGGAAACCAAAGCUGUGUGUACUGGCCAUCUAGCUAACAGCGAAGGCUGCAGCUGAAAGCACAGGCUAGGAUGGUACUCAUCACCAGAUCAGCUGAAUCAACUGAUCAACUGGUUUUAUUUAUUGGCAAAAACAAAAAAACAAAAAACAGCAGAGCUCACAUACUUGAAUGCAGUGUAGCUCAAUGAACACCGAUAUUACAAAAUAGUCCAUAUGAAAGUUCUUGGUCUUGGAGAUAUUAAUAUUUAUGAGAAUAGUUCCAUUGUUGGAGACUUUUGAGCCUGCACUGACUGAAGGUCUUCAUUUGUGUAGGUGCGUUUCUUCUGAUCUCUGUAAAAAAAAGGGGAGAAAAGGUGACACGCAACCUUUUGACACGAAGUAUCAGCACAAGCAAGCUUCUGGGAAACAGUGGGCGUACUUCAGCUCAUAGAGUUUCCACUUCGAGUUUUCAGUAAAACAAAAAGCUCUCAUGACCAAGAUUAGAAAAAGGAAUGGUUUAAAGCUGUGAGAAAAUAAGCCAAGCAAAUUAUACUCAUCUACAAUGCUUCUUAAGAGCCAUAUGAGUUCUGAAUUAUCAGCUGAAACUUCUUUAUUCUUCUUUUGAGGCAAGGAUUUUGUUCUUCAGUUAGUGACAAGGAUUUCUACACCCACUUGUGUAUGAAGUGUUUCUUCGUGUUUUGGCCUUGAAGCAGGAGAGACAGCUGGCUACUCAGAAAUGCACAUCAAAUGCACUGCCUCCUUAACUCUAUGUUAGCCUGACCUUUGUACCAUUAAGGAUCUUCCCUUCAUCCAUAGUGUUUGAAGAAACACAUGCUUCCCCUCCCAUGUUAAUUAUUGCCUCAUUUACUCAAAGGCUUUGCCAAGUUUCACUUUUAGGAGUAUACAUACAACAGAUUUUGCCUUUGUAAACAUCCUCAUUAGAACUGGUCAGACAUAAUUCAGCGAAAUUUAAGAGCUUUCUCCUUUUUCUGGGUUCAUCUGUGGCUCUGAUGGAGGAAAAAAAAAUAAAGACAUCUAUCACCAGUGAUAUCAGAAAGCAAGAACUUCUCCAUGCUUAUUCUUAGUAGAGCAUGAUUGCAUCUGGCAAGUAAAAACUCAAAAGGAAGAAGCUAGCAUGCAUAAAUUUGGUGCUGAUGAAGGUGGGAAUGAAGGCGCUGACCUCUAAUAGAGAGCACAGUGACAAACAGGUUUGGUAUGAAGUUUGAGCAAAAUCAUAGAAUCAUA